UACUCGGCCUCUUGUUACAAAUUUCUAAAAUAUAUCAUGGGUGUCUUCACUUACACUGAUGAAUACAUUUCCUCAAUUCCUCCUGCAAGGCUUUUCAAGGCCCUGAUUGUUGACUCUCACAACCUCAUCCCAAAACUCAUGCCACUGGCUGUAAAGAGCAUCGAAAUCACUGAAGGUGAUGGCGGGGCUGGAAGCAUCAGGCAGAUCAACUUCGCGGAAGGUAGCAAAGUGAAGUGUAUCAAGAACAGAAUUGAUGAGCUUGACCCUGAGAAUUGUUCAUACAAAUAUAGUCUGAUCGAAGGCGACGGAUUAAUGGAUAAGCUCGACAAGAUUACCUAUGAUGUCAAGUUUGAGCCAACACCAGAUGGUGGUAGCAAAAACAAGAUGUCAAGCACUUACUACACUAAGGGUGACAUUGUGCUUACUGAAGAUGAAAUCAAGGAAGGCAAGGAAAAGGCCUUGGGAAUGUACAAAAUUGUGGAGGCCUACCUUCUGCAGAAUCCUGAUGCAUAUGUUUAA